AUGGCGUCUUCAUUCAUUCGACAUGGCAAGAAGAUCGUCGCCAUUGGAAGAAACUACUCCGAACACAUCAAAGAGCUCGCCAACACCGCUCCAAAGGAGCCGUUCUUCUUCAUCAAGCCCACGACGAGCUAUCUCCCGUCUGGGGGGAAGGUCGAGCUGCCUAGAGGCAUAAUCGCCCAUCAUGAGGUCGAGCUGGGCGUCGUCAUCGGGACCGGAGGCCGCGAUAUCUCUCAGGCAAAUGCCCCAUCGCACAUAGCUGGCUACGCCCUAGCCGUGGACAUGACUGCCCGAAACCUCCAGGAUCAAGUCAAGAAGCGCGGUCUCCCCUGGUCCGCCGCAAAGGGAUUCGACACCUUCACACCCAUAGGAUCUUUCAUUCCCAAAGGCAACGUUCUCGAUCCCCACGACCUCCGACUCUCCUUAAAGAUUAACGGACGCGUCAAACAAAACGGGACGACAGCCGACAUGAUCUUCCGUAUUCCCCGUCUCAUCCAACACAUCUCGUCGAUCAUGACUCUUGAGGAAGGCGACUUGGUUCUGACCGGUACACCUUCUGGCGUUGGGCCGGUGUCCCCCGGCGACAACGUGGAAUGUCUUCUGGCCGACGCAUCAGGGAACUCCCUCUCUACGUUGGAUUUCAUCGCCAUCGCUCGAGACGGUGGUUAUGAAUUCAAGCCCGAGUAGCCAUCGAAAAAGGAAACUUCUAAAUAUUAAGUAAAUCCGUACUACAGAUGUAUACGGCAAGCAAGCAUCAUAAAUACGCAGAGUCAACAGUCCAAAAUCUACAGUCAAGGACUCCUAUCAGGGAUCUUCCCGAAUACUGCUCGAACCUCGGAGCUUGGGGGAUCCAUCAGAUGGCGACGGAGCACCUUCAUCCGAAGCACUGGAAUCACUAGCAAACGACCAGCUCCCCGCCGUAGGCGUCAGCUCCCCAUCCUGCGACGGACUAGCACUCU